AUGCAGAGCCGCGGCAACGACAUUGAUCGUGCCGUCAAAGGAACCUGCGAGUGGCUAUUGAAGCACCAGAAGUGUAUGAGCUGGGCCACAUCUCAUCGAGGUCUUCUCUGGAUCAAGGGUAAGCCGGGCGCGGGCAAGUCCACGCUCCUCAAAUAUGCCUUGAGCAAGCAACCGAAUAUGCCCAGCGCCAGAGACAGUGAUCUCGUACUGUCCUUCUUCUUUCAUGGCCGUGGUAACGCCCUUCAAAGAACACCGCUAGGUUUAUUUCGAUCUCUUCUUCAUCAGACGCUCAAACAGAUUCCUGUAGCACUGUCAGACCUUGUCGAUAGCUAUCAGGAGAAGUGCAGGGAGAUUGGUGCUCCGCCAGAAGCGUGGCAGUGGCAUCCGGAAGAACUGUGGCAUUUCCUCGAGGCUUCAAUCCCGAAAAUUCUCGAGCCGCGUCCGAUCUGGUUGUUUGUCGACGCGCUGGACGAGUGUGGCGAAGCGGAUGCGGUGGAUCUGGCGAUGAAGUUCAAGUCGCUGUUAGACAGCUUUUCAUCCAGGACAACUCAGGGCAUUCACAUAUGCUUCAGUUGUCGCCACUAUCCGAUACCACCAGAUCUAGAGGGCGUACUAGAGAUAUGCGUCGAGGAUGAGAACGGAGAUGAUGUUUCUACUUACGUGCGGCAAAGGCUUUCAGAGACCUUUGUCCGUGAGGCAUCUUCCAUUGCGGACUUGGUCACUUCCCGCGCAUCAGGCGUCUUCAUGUGGGCGCGGCUCGUGCUGGAGCGUGUUCUUCGCCUCGAGCGGCAGCGAGCGAGCUGGGGGACGAUCCGGCAUGAAAUCUACUCCAUUCCUCCCGAUAUGGACAGUCUAUACCUCGAUCACAUCCACAGAAUGGAGAACAAGGCAGCUUCCUUGAGACUCAUUCAAUGGCUCUGCUUUGCCGUGAAGCCGUUGUCACUUAUGGAGGUGUAUUGGGCCCUGGCCGUCGACGCCGAUUGCCCGCACAAGUUCUUGAAAGAGUGCGGAAGCGAAGAAGAUUACGGAACCGACGAGGAUAUGGAAAGGCGGAUUAUAGCUCUAAGCUGCGGACUGGCUGAGGCUGUGACCUCAUCUCAUACAUCUGUCGUGCAGUUUAUCCAUCAAUCCGUCAAGGACUUUUUCGUCAACAAAGGCCUGCUAGUCUUGGACCGCAGCUCAGCAACAGUCGAUGAAGCCAUUGGAAAAGCACAUUUCUCGCUAUCAAGGACAUGCAUCCGCUAUAUUUUGAUGGAAGAGAUCGGCCAGUCGAGAAGUGUCAACAGCGGCGAAAUCGAGGCUCAGUUUCCCUUUAUAUCAUACGCCGCUACAGCAUGGACGACGCACGCGCAUCAGAGCGACAGGCUGGGUGUCUCCCAAGACGACCUCCUCCAACUGUUCCGCUGGCCGUCACCCGAACUUUUGGAAACAUGGGGGCGUGUUCUCAAUGUGGUAGUCACAAAUGUGCUUGACCGUCAACCGACAAAGACCAGUCUUGUGCAGGUUGCAGCGAGAUAUGGGAUCUCAGGAGCACUGUCUGCGAUCCUGCAAGACGACAAGCAACUCACCGAGAACGCUGUGGUUGCUUUCCUACUGGAUGGAGGGGUGGAACUGGAUUCCAAGAGCUCCUUUGAUCAGACGCCUCUAUCGCUGGCUGCGGCAAAUGGGCACGCGAACGUCGUUGCCCUCUUGCUUGACAGAGGCGCCGCGGUCGAUAUAAAGGAGGAUGAUGGCCGAACGCCACUGUUGCGGGCUGCUCGACGAGGGCACGAGGAGGUGGUCAGAUUGUUGCUCGAGAAGAAUGCAGAUGUUGAUGCCACAGAUCAGGAGGAUGAAACGGCUCUUUCAUUGGCCACGAGAAGUGCUAUAUGCUGCCAGUAA